CAUCCAUCGUUACCAUUCGUCGCGAACUGUUCGAUAACCGCAGAUCAAAACACCAACCAAGAAUCAACAUGAAGUUCCUGAUUGUCUUCGUCGCUCUUUUCGCCCUGGCCCUGGCUGCUCCCGCUGAUGAAGUUAAAAUCCUGAAGUCGGUAUCCGAUGUUGGACCCGAGCACUUCUCUUACGAAUCGGAGACUAGCGAUGGAUCGAAAGCUCAGGCCGUUGGUGACUUGGAGAACCGUGGAACAGACAAUGAGGCUCUCGUCAUCAAAGGAUUCUACUCCUUCGUGGCCGAUGAUGGUCAGACCUACACCGUCAACUACAUCGCCGAUGAGAACGGAUUCCAGCCCCAGGGUGCCCAUCUGCCCGUUGCCCCCGUGGCCUAAGUGAAGUUGCCUUAAUCGGAAGCAGCUGUAAAGCCAACCAAUCCUACACAAUUCCUUGUUAUUUUCCCCAAAACUUCCCAAUUUCCGAAUUUCCCUUCUUUUGAAAGGAAAUAUUUUCCCAGUCACAGAACGAAAUUUGUUGAAUAUUAAAAAAUGAAUAUUUUA